AUGGUCCUUCCCGCGCACGCUGAGCUCCCGCAUCACCUCGUCGCAUACAUGGAGAUCAGCGACACCGAAGACGUCUGCGUCGUCUGUCAAGACCCGCCCUCGGAUCCAGUCCAGACCACCUGCGAACACGUCUACUGUCGCGAGUGUCUCGAGACGUGGUGCGACGGCCACAACACGUGUCCGAGCUGUCGCGCGACGCUCUACACCUACGCCACCAUCCCCGCGAGACGCUUGAUCACGAUUCCAGACGGCUUCUUCGACCUCCUCGACUUCGCCGUCUACGACGAAGAGGAAGUUGAGCAUCAGCUCGAGCUCUGGGAUGGCCUCUUCAAGCUCGGGGACGAUUUCGAACCAGUCGACGACGACGACGACGAGAUCGAAAUGAAGUACAACGAGGACAUGCAGGCCACUCUCGUCGGAGUGGGCAUUUGGUUCAUCAACAAGGUCAACGACGACUACGAGCCGCAUCUGAGGGAGGUGUUCAAGAAGGAUUGGAUCAAGGUAAUUCACGCGCUGAACGACGAGUUGCGGCAGCAUGACGAGUGGACGGGCAGAGCGAGCAUUGUGCGGCAGCGGUUGGAGGAGGCGGUGAUGCCGUCGACGGAGGAGCCGAGGCGUGCGCCGGCGCAUGUGGACUCGUGGAAUUCGUUGGAAGAGGGGGAGGCGUGGUAUCGCGAGCACGGCCAUCGUUGGGUAGGUGACGGGUGGCGUGAGCAUGCUGACCGAAUCAGGAAGUUGUUGGUGUAUGUUCUUAUUUCGCAGUGGUUGUCUUCGGGACACAAUUUGUCGGACUCGGAUGAUGAGCAUGCUUCCGACGGUGAGGGCGAGGGCGAUGACAAUGGCGGCGGCGACGACAAGGGCGGUGGUGACGACAAGGGUCAUGGCGACGACAAGGGUCAUGGCGACGACAAGUGCGAUGGCGAGUGA